AACCUUAUUUCAAUUCUCCAAUCCCGGCGCAGACUUAGCUAAGCCCCACCAUUGCUCUACUCCACUGCUCUUAUCAACUUUCAUUGAAGAACUCUUAUUUUGUUUAUCUUCUUCAUCACAUUUGGCCACCAUUUUACUGCUUUGUGUUCAUGGAGUUUCAUAGAUUCUUCUUUUAUGCUUCAAUUAUUCUUUCAAUUUCAGUUUAUUUGUUUCCGAUAAUGGCGAAUUCAAUGGGGAUCAACUAUGGACAAAUAGCAGACAAUCUUCCGUUACCGGAAGAUGUGGUUCCGAUUGUUAAAUCCAUCGGAGCGACCAAAGUUAAACUCUACGACGCAGAUCCCAAAGUACUCAAAGCUUUCGCCAACACCGGCGUCGAAUUCAUCGUCGGCUUAGGCAACGAAUACUUAGACAAGAUGCGAGAUCCGGCCAAAGCCCAAGCUUGGGUGAAACAAAACGUUCAAUCCCACUUACCGGCGACCAAAAUCACCUGCAUCUUCGUCGGAAACGAAGUCCUCACUUUCAACGACACUUCUCUUUCCAACAGCCUCUUGCCGGCGAUGCAAAGCGUUCACACAGCGUUGGUCAAUCUCGGCCUCGACAAACAAGUGACCGUCACGACGGCACAUUCCUUAUCCAUACUCGAAACCUCAUACCCACCGUCGUCCGGAGCAUUCCGUGAAGAUCUGGUUGAUUGUUUAAGCGAAACGUUGAGCUUUCAUCAAAAAACUGGGUCACCAUUUUUGAUCAAUGCGUACCCUUUCUUUGCUUAUAAAGGAAAUCCCAAACAAGUUCCAUUGGAUUUUGUUCUUUUUCAACCGAACCAAGGCGUUAUCGAUCCGGCGACGAAUUUGCAUUACGAUAACAUGUUGUACGCUCAAAUCGAUGCCGUUUACAAUGCUUUGGCUUCGCUCGGGUACAAGAAACUAGCGGUUCAUAUAUCGGAAACCGGGUGGCCUUCAAAGGGAGAUGAAGAUGAGGUCGGAGCUACGGCCGAUAAUGCGAAGAAAUACAAUGGGAAUUUGAUUAAAUUGAUGUCGAAAAAAACGGGGACUCCGAUGAGACCGAAUUCGGAUCUUAAUAUUUAUGUUUUUGCUUUGUUUAAUGAGAAUAUGAAACCGGGUCCGACUUCGGAGAGGAAUUACGGGUUGUUUAAGCCCGAUGGGACGCCGGCUUAUUCUCUUGGUAUAAGUAGCACCAGCAAUGUCGCCGGAAGUAAUACGACCACAGGUGGAACUAAUGGGAAACCGUUGUCGCCGAUUCCGACGCCGCCAUCUACUCCGACGAGUUCUUCCACUGGUUAUUUGUCUAUUUCUCCCGCAACGCAGGAAAGAUACGAGUUCGCGGGGACCGUGCUGCUUACUGCUUUGAUAUUAACUAAAAUGUUGUUAUGGUGACGGAGUCCAAGUCUUCUUUUUUUUAUCAAAUUUAAGGAAAAAAAAAAAAAGGUGGCAAAUGGAGAAGGAGAUAUUAAAGAGAAUAUGAGGAAGCUUCGUUCUUCGAGAAAGGAUAUUAGGUUUGUUGAUUGAGAGAGAAAGAGAGGAAUCGCAUCUUUAUAGUGUACAACUUUUGGAUAAUGAUUCUUAAUUUUUAUUACAUUUAAUUAUUAUAAUUUUUUUCCUCUUAUGUCCCCUCCUAGUUGUAGUGACCAAAAUGUACCAUGUUUGAGAUUUUUAUAUAUCUAUUUAGCAUUUAUCUAA